AUGGCUGUCUGGCCGGCUUGGGCGGCGCCGACGGACGAAGUGCUGAAGCACCAUGGCACAGACCUGGCGGCAGGGCUGAGCAGCAGCGAGGUGGAGGCGCGGCGCGCCAAGUGCGGCUACAAUGAGCUGCAAAAGGCGCCCGGCACGCCCCUCUGGAAACUCGUUCUUGAGCAGUUUGAUGACACGCUUGUCAAGAUCCUGCUGCUGGCGGCGGCCGUCUCGUUUGGCCUGGCUUUGUUUGAGGACAACCCCGACGAGUCUGGCGUGCGCGCCUUCAUCGAGCCGCUCGUCAUUGUUCUGAUCCUAGUGUUGAACGCCACAGUGGGUGUGUGGCAGGAGAGCAACGCGGAGAAUGCGCUGGAGGCGCUCAAGGAGAUGACGGCAGACACCGCCAAGGUCUUCCGCGACGGCCAGCUGAUCUCCGACCUGCCUGCUCGCGAGCUGCUGCCUGGGGACGUGGUGGAGAUCCACACGGGAGACAAGGUGCCCGCCGACAUCCGGGUGGUGCAGCUCAAGACGGCGGUGCUGCGCGUGGAGCAGGCGGCGCUGACGGGCGAGUCGGUGGCGGUGGCCAAGUCGGCGGGGCCGGUGGCGCAGGAGGAGUGCGAGCUGCAGGCCAAGGAGUGCAUGCUGUUUGCGGGGACGGGCAUCGCGUCUGGCGCGUGCCUGGGCGUGGUGAACAGCAUCGGCAUGGACACAGAGAUUGGCAAGAUCCAGGCGCAGAUCCAGGAGGCGAGCGAGGAGGAGAGCGACACGCCCCUGAAGAAGAAGCUGGAUGAGUUUGGCGAGAUGCUGGCCAAGGUCAUCCUCUACAUCUGCAUCGCAGGCAAGGCGGCCGCCGCGGGCUGGGCAGCAGGCCGCGCCAGCACCGACACAUGCUCGGGCCCCUCAGCUGCCGUGCCUGGCCUUCAUUGCCCUGCGGCCUUGCGUUUGCCUCCACCCCUUGCAGUGUGGCUGAUCAACUACAAGCACUUCCUCAGCUGGAAGCCCUUCCCCGGCUCCUGGAUCCCCGACCCAUCGACUGUCGAGUUCUCCGUGGCCAAGGCCACCUUCUACUUCAAGGUGGCUGUGGCGCUGGCUGUGGCCGCCAUCCCCGAGGGCCUCCCCGCCGUCAUCACCACCUGCCUGGCGCUGGGCACCCGCAAGAUGGCCAAGCGCAACGCCAUCGUGCGCCAGCUGCCCAGCGUAGAGACCCUGGGCUGCACCACCGUCAUCUGCUCGGACAAGACCGGCACGCUGACCACCAACCAGAUGUCGGCGGUGCGGCUGGUGGCCUUUGGGCGCUCGCUGACGCAGCUGGCGCAGUGGGAGGUCACGGGGUCCACCUACGAUCCGGAUGGCGGCGCGGUGCUGGGGCUGGCCGGCUUGGAUCGCAACCUGGAGGCGCUGGCCGAGGCGUGCGCGCUGUGCAACGACGCACGCAUCGAGUACAAGGCGGGGCACCACCGCUCCGUGGGGCAGCCCACCGAGGCGGCGCUGCUGGUGCUGGCCGAGAAGCUGGGCGUGCCGGGCGAGGCGGCGCAGCGCCAGAUUGUGCGGGCGAGGCAGGCGGACCCUGAGGCCAGCCCCACGGGCGCCUGCGCCUUCCACGCCUCCAAGUAUGAGAAGCUGGCCACCCUGGAGUUUGACCGCGACAGGAAGUCGAUGAGCGUCAUCUGCAGCCCCUCGCCUGCGGGUCCCGGCGCCGGCGCCGCGGGCGCCACCCCCCGCCGCUCCGGCCGCCUCACCUCCCUGCUGGGCGGCGGCGCCGCGGGCGGCGGCAACGUGCUGUUUGUCAAGGGCGCCGCCGAGUGUGUGCUGCAGCGGUGCACCAAGGUCAUGCUGGCUGACGGCAGCGUGGUGCCACUGGACAAGGAGGCGCGCCUGGAGCUGGUCAGGCUGCUGGAUGGGCUGGCGGCGCGCGCGCUGCGCCUGCUGGCCUUUGCCCUCAAGGCCUCCGACCUGGCUGACCUGGCCGACUUUGACGGCAGCGAGCGGCACAGGGCGCGCAAGCGGCUGGCCGACCCGGCGCAGUACGAGGCCAUUGAGAGCGACCUCGUGUUCCUGGGGCUGGCAGGCCUGCAGGACCCGCCGCGCCCCGAGGUGCGCCCCGCCAUUGAGGACUGCCACGCCGCCGGCAUCCGUGUGGUGGUCAUUACCGGGGACAACAAGCUGACGGCGGAGGCCAUCUGCCGCUCCAUCGGCGUGUUUGAGGAGGGGCAGGCGCUGGAGGGCAGCUCCCUGACGGGGCUGGCAUUCGCGGCACUGCCGGACACGGAGAAGCGCGAGGUGCUGUCGCAGCCGGGAGGCCUGUGCUUCUCGCGCGCCGAGCCGCGGCACAAGCAGGACAUUGUGCGCCUGCUCAAGGACAUGGGCGAGGUGACCGCGAUGACGGGUGACGGCGUGAAUGACGCCCCCGCCCUCAAGCUGGCCGACAUUGGCGUGGCCAUGGGCAUCACGGGCACCGAGGUGGCCAAGGAGGCCAGCGACAUGGUGCUGGCAGACGACAACUUUGCCACCGUGGUGGCGGCGGUGGAGGAGGGGCGCGCCAUCUACAACAACAUGAAGGCGUUCAUUCGCUACAUGAUUUCCUCCAACAUUGGCGAGGUGGCCUCCAUCUUCCUGGCCGCGGCGCUGGGCCUGCCAGAGGGCCUCAUCCCCGUGCAGCUGCUGUGGGUCAAUCUGGUGACCGACGGCCCCCCCGCCACCGCCCUGGGCUUCAACCCCGCCGACCCCGACAUCAUGACCAAGCCGCCGCGCCGCGCAGACGACCACUUCAUCACGCCCUGGAUCCUCUUCCGCUGGCUGGUGGUGGGCUCCUACGUCGGCUUUGCCACCGUGGGCUCCUUUGCCACCUGGUACACCUCCUCCUCCUUCCUGGGCAUCGACCUGUCGGGGGACGGCCACACGCCCAUCACCUUUGCCCAGCUGCGCGACUGGGAGUCGUGCCGCUCAUGGGAGGGCUUCCAGGCCUCUCCCUACACCGCGGGCAGCGCCACCGUCACCUUUGACCACCCCUGCGACUACUUCACUGUGGGCAAGGUCAAGGCGUCCACGCUGUCGCUGUCGGUGCUGGUGGCCAUCGAGAUGUUCAACGCCAUGAACGCGCUGUCCGAGGACAACUCCCUGGUGCAGAUGCCCCCCUGGCGCAACCCCUGGCUGCUGGUGGCCAUGGUGGUCAGCCUGGGCCUGCACGCUGUCAUCCUGUACGUGCCCCUGCUGGCAGACAUCUUCUCCAUCGUGCCCCUCUCCCUCAACGAGUGCCUGCUGGUUCUGGCAUACUCGCUGCCGGUCAUCCUGCUGGACGAGGUGCUCAAGUUCAUUGGCCGCAACUUUGUCAACAAGCCAGCUGCGCUCCCCGCCAAGGCAAAGGAGGACUAG